UUGUUCGUUUAGCCAUUACGCAGCUCAAUCUAACUAACCUGAUCUAACUUCUGAACGCGAAUUUUACGUCAAGCCGUGAAACCAACGAACAUCUUAAAAAACUAUUUUUGCCGUUAAACGCGAAGAUGAUUAGAAGAAUCGCUAAAUAAAUACCACACAUUGAAGGCUGGUUGUGAUCUUUCGGAGUGGAAGCCAUUUUCAUGUAGUCUGUAUGCGUAGGUUUGAAUAGUGUCUCGCAUUUGUGCACGGUGAGUUUACGAAUGAAUUCCGUGUAUAUCUCACUAAAUAACAGAAAUAUUGAAUCGACUCAAACUGAAAAGAAAAAUAAAGAGGAAAAGGAAAACUUCUCUCUCGACUUACGAUGUCGUGUACGUCGCAUUUUUAAGUGACUGUGAACGUGAACCCCAACGAUUGCGAACGAUGUUCUGCUGUUUAAGAAACUGUUUCCAUGGUCUCAGCUUUGCCACGACUCGGGCACCGAAACGGGAACGAAACCCCAUCGCCUUGGAUACGACUCACAUGGGAAACGAGGUAGUAAUAGUAAAAAAUGGUCUAAGAAUAUGCGGAAGCGGUGGUGCCUUGACGAAUGCCCCUCUUCUUCAGAGUAAAAGUUAUUUUGAAGUGAAGAUACAGCAGGGCGGUAUAUGGGGCAUUGGACUAGCCAGGAGAGACGCGGAUCUCAAUGUUGCUGUAGGAGGCAAAGACUCAGAAAGUUGGGCGCUCGAUUCUGAUGGUAUCAUAAGGCAUAAUGAACAAGAACUUCACAAGAUUCAAAAUCCUGUCCAGGAAGGAGAUGUCAUUGGAGUAUCCUACGAUCAUAUAGAGUUGAAUUUUUAUUUAAAUGGAGAACCCAUGAAUGCUCCAGUUAUAGGUGUAAAGGGACGAAUUUAUCCAGCGUUAUAUGUGGAUGAUGGAGCCAUUCUGGACCUAUUUCUAGAAAAUUUUAUUUAUACUCCACCAAUAGGCUUCGAGAAAAUAAUGCUGGAACAAUCGUUGCUCUAGCAGGAUGAUAGGAACAAAAAUAAUAUGUAUUGUUAAAACUAACAUUCCUCGUUCGGGUUUCGUUAAACAUUAAGCUAAGUUGAAUGUUGAAGUUAAACGUUAAACUAAGAUAAAUUGUAAACAGUGAGUUACAACAUAGUAUAAAAACAUAACAUGGUAUUAAAAAAUAAUGUCACAAACACAAUUGCAUGAUAAUAUAUUUGAUUGAGGAGUUUGGAAUAAACGAUUUGCCUAAAGAUGUGAGAAUCUAUUUUUCGAUCUAUUCUCUACAAAACGAAGAGAGAUGCAUAAUAACUAGAUUUUAUAUAACUAACUGAGAGAAUUCUUGAGAUUUAUUAAAACUAAAAAGAGGUUUACAACGUUAAAUGUUUGAAUGAGUCAAUUUAGUUCUAUUCCAAUCCGAUGUUUAUGUUACGAUAACUACACAUAUCUUUGU